AUGACAUCGGAAGGCGACGCGUCCAGUGCGGAGGAUAGGGUCGAUUUGAGAUCCGCUCCGGUAUCCUCAUCGGCUUCCUCCCGACCAAAGACCAAACCUACCGCUUAUAUCGAUGACCUUAUUGCUGAAAACCAACGAUUGAAGAGCAACAGCGGCAUUGGAAGUCAAUCUCGAGCAGCCAACCUGCUCCCAGAUCUCGCAGUCGUUGCCCCGGUAAAAGAGACAACAGAUACUAAUGCAACUGCCAUCCCAGCGCCAUCGCUUGAUGAACGACCAUGGUUCUUCGACAUGAAUAUUCCACACACGCCGAUUCUCAUCGGUGAGGCCUCGGACGCCGCAUUCGCUACCCGCUUCCGCCAAGCAAUCUCAUCAGCUGAGAGUAGUCACAUCCCGCGGGUGAACUAUGCCACAGAUGAGAGGCUGCUCGCUCUAUCUGAUACAGACUGCCCUUGGCCUAGUCCGGCAAGAGCACGUUUUCUCGUCGGGGUUGCCCUGAGAUAUGUCAGCCGUUGCUACCACAUCAUUCGCAAGAGCUCGAUUCUGGAUGCCUUGGAACAGACCCUCCAGAACCCGGCUGAAAGUGAUUCGCUUCUCAAGAGUAAGCUUUGGGCGAUGUUUGCUAUCGGCGCCAUGUACUCGACUCGAUCUGCCACGUCGGAAAAGCACUUCCCCGGCAUGGGCUACUUUGCACGGGCAACUCGCAUCCUCCGCAUCGUCAGCGAACGACCGAGGAUCGAUGUUGUCGAGUUGAGAUUGUUGCUGUCUUUCUACUCUCUUGCGCUCAACCGGCGACAUACCGCCUACACUUUUGCCGGCUCCGCGACCAGGCUCGCUGUUGUCAUGGGCCUUCAUCUCAAUGUUCCCGAGACGCAGCUCAGAGAUGCAGCCGCUCGAGAGCAUAGGGUCAGAGUUUGGUGGACAGCAUACAUCUUCGACAGGAUGUGGGCAGCCAAGUUAAGCCACCCAGUAGCCGUCCAAGACAUCGAUAUCGAGGUGGACCUGCCAUCGAAUCCGGUUGUCGACGAUAAUAUAGCGGAUGACUUUGCCGAUGCAUCAUAUUUUGUUGCUAGUUGCGCUAUCAGCACCACCCGUCCGAUUCUGCUCCAUGUGCUGCGAACGCAUGUCGCAUCUUGGGGAACACCAGAGACCCCAGAACCACGAGUUCCGGCCACCGCCAUGACUCUCGCAGAAACUUGCAUACGUUGCGCUCGUCACACCUGCCGACUGCUGACAGAAUGCUGGAUCGACGGGUCUUUUGCAACGUUUGACUACUUCUACACGCAGUAUCUCUUCUCAGCCGCCACCAUCCUCGCUGCAUCUAGCCUUCUGAGCGGCAAAGAGAGUCACAAUGACAGAGAACAAUUUGAAGAAGCAGCUCAGUUCUUGUCUCAGCUGAAAGAUAAUGGCAACUAUGCAGCUGAGGAGUUCUGCCAUCAUAUCGACGCUAUGAAGCUUACAAUGGCCGCAGCUCACGUGCGCCGUGGUGAUUUCGCCGGGGCGGGAGACUCGGCGGCUUUGCUGAACGACACAACAGCGGCUUUCACGGAUGCUGCAGUCAACCUCAACCAACCUUUCGCAGAGCAAAACACAACCGCUGGUAUGGCGCUCAACGAGCCGUCGUUACAGGAGCUCCUAGCCCAGCCACUCCUCGACUUGCAGUUUAUAGAUGCGUCGAUCUACAAUGAUGGGGCUCAGGGACUUUAUUGGCCAGAUUUCAGCCCGGAAUCAUGGACGCCUGAGACGUGGACUGCAACUUGA